CGGGGCCCCGGCCCAUGAGGCGGCCCUGGGCCCGCGCACCCGGCGGAGCCAGCGACGGAGUCAUGGCGGGAGUGUUCGACAUCGACCUGGACCAGCCCGAGGACGCGGGCUCGGACGAGGAGCUGGAGGAGGGGGGUCAGUUAAGUGAGAGCAUGGACCAUGGAGGAGUUGGCCAAUAUGACCUGGGCAUGGAACAUUGUGAGAAGUUUGAGAUUUCAGAGACCAGUGUGAACAGAGGCCCCGAGAAGAUCCGGCCCGAGUGCUUCGAGCUGCUGCGCGUGCUGGGCAAGGGCGGCUACGGCAAGGUGUUUCAAGUGCGGAAAGUAACUGGAGCAAACACCGGGAAAAUCUUUGCCAUGAAAGUUCUUAAAAAGGCAAUGAUUGUAAGGAAUGCCAAGGAUACAGCUCACACGAAAGCAGAGAGGAAUAUCCUGGAGGAAGUGAAACAUCCCUUCAUUGUAGACUUAAUUUAUGCCUUUCAGACUGGUGGAAAACUCUACCUCAUCCUUGAGUAUCUCAGUGGAGGAGAACUAUUUAUGCAGUUAGAGAGAGAAGGGAUAUUUAUGGAAGACACAGCUUGCUUUUACUUGGCAGAAAUCUCGAUGGCACUGGGGCACUUGCAUCAAAAAGGAAUCAUCUACCGGGAUCUGAAGCCAGAGAACAUCAUGCUCAAUCACCAAGGUCAUGUAAAACUGACUGACUUCGGAUUAUGUAAAGAAUCUAUUCAUGAUGGAACAGUCACACACACAUUCUGUGGAACAAUUGAAUACAUGGCCCCUGAAAUCUUGAUGAGGAGUGGGCAUAACCGUGCUGUGGACUGGUGGAGUUUGGGGGCAUUAAUGUAUGACAUGCUGACUGGAGCACCUCCUUUCACUGGGGAGAACAGAAAGAAGACAAUUGACAAGAUUCUCAAGUGUAAACUCAACUUGCCUCCCUACCUCACACAAGAAGCCAGAGAUCUGCUUAAAAAGCUGCUAAAAAGAAAUGCUGCCUCACGUCUAGGAGCUGGUCCUGGAGAUGCUGGAGAAGUUCAGGCUCACCCCUUCUUCAGACACAUCAACUGGGACGAGCUGUUGGCACGAAAGGUGGAACCUCCUUUUAAACCCUUAUUGCAAUCUGAAGAGGAUGUGAGCCAGUUUGAUUCAAAGUUUACACGUCAGACACCUGUUGAUAGCCCAGAUGACUCAACUCUCAGUGAAAGUGCCAACCAGGUCUUUCUGGGUUUUACCUACGUGGCUCCAUCAGUACUUGAAAGCGUAAAAGAGAAAUUUUCUUUUGAACCAAAAAUCCGCUCCCCUCGCAGGUUCAUCGGUAGCCCAAGGACACCAGUCAGCCCCGUCAAGUUUUCCCCCGGGGAAUUCUGGGGAAGAGGUGCUUCUGCCGGCGCAUCGACCGCUCAGCCACCUGUGGAAUACCCGAUGGAGACGAGUGGGAUAGAACAAAUGGAUGUGACAGUGUGUGGAGAGGCUUCAGCACCGCUUCCAAUCCGGCAGCCAAACUCUGGGCCCUACAAAAAACAAGCUUUCCCCAUGAUCUCCAAACGACCAGAGCACUUGCGCAUGAACCUAUGACAGCACCACGGCUGGGAGCCGAGAACAGACGGGAGCCCCCUUGGAGCUGAAACACGAGGGCUUGUUUGGUUUACUUUUAAAAAAAGUGACAGUAUCAAAGAGUCAGUCAUUGCACAGAGAGACUUGGAAAGCAAAGAGAAAAAAAACGGAUUUUUUUUUUUUUGGUUUUUUUUUUUUCCUGUCAAUCAAUGGUGCAUAAAAAAAAAAAAACUUCAGCAAAUGGUCUUGCAGAACUCUAGGCACGUCAUCUAACGAUUCCAGUGACAUCUGCUCACCUUAUCAAGGAUUUCUCAGCUUGGAACUGACAGUAUUAAGGGUCAGGAUGUUGCUCCAGAAUCACUGGUGUAGUGAAUGUGUCGAGGAGGGUUAGCCCUUUCACUAGGCAGAGGAUGAAACGCCUGUGCUUGCAGCUGAGGGGUAAUUAGCAUGCAAGCUUCGUUAAGAGGUUUCCUACAACGGGGCGGAAUCAAAGAUGAAAGCUAAAAUUAAUUGGUAUCUCACGUUCAAAACAUGAUGAGUUUUUUUUAUAUAUAUAUAUACAAAAAAAAAAUAUAUAUUUUUCAAAUAGAUUUUUUUGAUUCAGCUCAUUAUGGAAAGGAUCCCAAAAUUGCAAACGCAGAAUAAUUGGUGAAGAAAGUUGCUUGUUUGUUUUUUUUUUUUUUCAACGCUCUGGUUCUGAUUCUUCUCCUCAUCAAACAACAAAUCAAUAAGUGAACCACUGGCCAGCUUGGCAGUGUGGGGUGGGACUGUUUUUCACUUGCUUCCCCAGCUGAAAUCCCUGUUCCUGCAGGGACCAACGGAUCUAAUCAGAGGCAAUGCUGCUAUGUUGUUCUAGGCUUAACUGGAAGCCACGGGCUCACACACGUCCUGCUUAUUUCAUCCCUGUCCUCAGCAGACAUUUCACUGGGAAACAUCACUUUUUUUGUCCCUUCUGCUGGUGCUGGUGCUGGAGGCAGCUCAGCACAGCCAGGUUCUUACCCACAGCGAGAUCAGGAGACUGUGCAUCCCAUCACAAGGUCAGUAGAGAUCUAUAGCAAGUCCCCCAGGGAACAGAGACAAACCCUACGUAGCAGGAAGGAAAUAACUAUUUUUGUAACAGGUGGGUAAGAAUUUGAGGAUUUUUUUUUUUUUAAGUAUAAUAAUUAUUAAUAAAAUUUUGCUUACGGGAGUUCCCUGCCAUUAUACAUUUCUAAAUUUCUCCACAUUUUUUUUUCUAUGCUGGGGCAAUAAAUUUGCUGAUUGUAUGAGAAAAAGUGUUCAAUGGCCUUUCAGUGAAUGUCUUCCACAGUGGGUCAGAACUUGAGCAACCUUCAUUUAGGAAACAUGUUCUAAGGACACUAUAUUUAUGUUUUUAAAACUGUCACACGAUCUGUACAACUGACUUACAGGUACAAAGAAUAAAAUAAAGGUAAACUUUACCUUCCUUAAAUAUA